AUGAGCUCAGUUCCUUCUGGAGUCCGAAUCGCCCAAACAGUGGGCCUAACCGGCGCUGCCUGGCUAUCCGGGAAUAUCGCCGCCCUCAGCGUCAACGUCAUCCCUGCGCUGCUCCAGUCCCACCGCGAGGAACAAAUCCCGCUGUCCAUCACCGUGAAGCAAUUCCGAAACAUGUACGAGAACGGCAAGGCGCAGAACCCGCCUAUUGCGCUCGUCACCGCCGUCGCUUUCGGCUAUCUCGCCUGGGCCGCACGAUCUGAGUCCACCUUCCCGCUCGCAGUGCAGAAUAGUACAUGUGCAUGUGUCUCCUCGUUGUACUUGACUGCUGCGGUGUUGACACUGGGGAUUGUGCCGUGGACGCUGGCGACGAUGAGGCGUACGAAUCAGGGUCUCCUCGAUAAGGCUAACUCCACCUGGGUGCCGGACGAAAAGUCCAGUGUUGAUACAGUGGAGAGUUUUGAGAGGUGGAUAGUGUUGAAUGCCGUGAGGAGUUUAUUGUCUCUCUUACUUGAAAAUGAAUAG